AUGAUCAUACUCGACACAAAUUUCAAGGUCUUUCGCGGGACUCCACCGUGUGGAAAGAUGACGCAUAUUUCUUCAGAUGAAGACGGGGAUUUUUCAAAGGUACCGUACAGAUUCGAUUAUUCAGGCGGUGUUGUUGUAAAUAAUAAAGUAUACAGCAUCUCAAGAUAUUGCUUUGCAGAAUCAAACAAUGACUGGAAGCUGAUGACUUGCCACCAAGAUUAUUAUCUUCAAAAAGUGGUGCAUAUAUCAACAAUUCUACUUUCAAUUUCGAUCCUGAGUUGCACAUUAUUUGUGUACAUCUACUUCAGAGAACCAUCAGACUUUUAUGGAAAAUGUAUUAUAUCUUUAGUAUUAUCACAAAUUCUGACUUACACACUUCUUCCGAUCGUAAGGUUCGCCUCGAAUGAUAGUUUAUCAAUUAUAAGUCAUGAAUUGCUGGAUGUAGUUUUUUCACUUUUUGCAAUGAGUCUUAUGCUUGUUUUAUUGUGGAUUACAGCUAUGAUUGUUCAUUUAUUUUUCACAUUAAGCUUUAAAACCCAACUUCACACUUGGACUGCAUUUUCAACUUAUUCUAUUUUUGUGUGGACUUUUGCAGCAUUUUCGGCAAUAGUGUUCUAUUUUGAUCUGCAUUCUGAUGGUUCUGAACGUGAAUAUUUAAUAUUUUUGUAUACAAUUAUUGGUUUUGUCGACAUUUUUCUUCUUGUUGUAACUGGAUUGAAGAUUCUUUUAACAGCUCAAGAUCUUGCAAACUACAAAAAAUUUGAAAAUGGAACAAAGACAUUAUGGAUCAUCAUCAAAUUGUCAAUUAUAAUGCUGACGACAUGGCCUUUUGAGAGUUUCCUAUGGAGAGAAGACUUUGAUGUUCCUACUGAAACAGUUGUGGAUUUUAUAAAUUUACUGACAGCUUUAACAAUUUCACUUAUGCUGAUGAGGAGUGACAAGAUUUUAUUAUUUGGAAAAUAUCAGCAAGUUGAUGACCUAAAAAAUGAUGUUCUUGAUUGA